AGGCUUAGUAAAAUGCUUUGAGAGUGAAGUCUGAGCUGUAGCUUAGCGUUUCGAGAGCAGACUGGAGCGGACAACUCGGCCAAGAGUAGAUGAGCGAUUAUAUCUUAAAGGGAGGGGCUUGAACGGGUAUUCAGUUUGGUUUUAUCAUUGAGUGUUGUGGCGGACUGACUGCAGACUGGCUCUCUCUCCUCUCCUCUCACUCGACUCAAGAGCUCUACUUUGUCCGGUUAAGAUCCACAGUUUAUGGGCAUAGAUUCAAGCCAGGCUGUUGUCACCUAACUGAGGACUGUGCUGGUGGUUAAAGGUGGUAACAGGCACAAUCAUGGAGGAAAUGGACUUUGAGCGUCGCCGGGAGCUGCGGAGGCAGAAACGGGAGGAGAUGCGCCUGGAGGCUGAACGGUUGGCGAGGAAUGAUGAUGAUGAAGAAGAGGCGGCCCGCGAGAGGAGGCGCAGGGCACGGCAGGAGAGGCUGAGGAGCAGGGACAGCGAGGAGCCCAGCGGACAGCCAGACAGUUUGGUCAUGACCAACAGCCACAGUGUGACAGAGACAGUGUCUGUGAGCAGCUCUUAUGGAGGCGUUGGAGACGAAGAUGACCAAGCCCUGCUGGACCGCAUGGCCAAACGCGAGGAGAGACGGCAGAGACGCAUGAAAGAGGCGCUGGAGAGACAGAGGCAGCCGGACCCCACCGCGACAGAGGACAACGGCAGCGUCGCCACGGAGAAAAACAACGAGGAAGAGGAGAGGCCCUCCUCUUGGCGUAGGGGUCGUUACCGUGAUAAUGAGGAAGAAGAGGAGAAGACAUUCACGUACAGCUCAAGGAGAGAGGAGACGGAGCGAGAGGAGCCGAGAGAGGAAGAGGAGGCUGCUCCUGACGGUGGAGAGGAAGCAGAGGAGGGUGUAGAUGAGGAGGAGGAGGAGGAGGAGGAGCAGAAAGUGGAGGUGGAGGAGGACAAACCAAGAAGGUCUUACUUGAGAGAAGAGGAAUCAACUGAAGAGCCUAAAACUCAAAACAAGGUGGAUGAGAGAGGCGGGGCCAGGGAGGAGAGGGAGGAGCAGAGGAAGCAGAACGGAGGGUUUCAUGAGGAGGCGGCUCCCAAACAACACAGGAAACCUGAGAGGACCCUCAGUCGCGGCAGUGUGCGUUCCCCCGAGGUGUCCGCGGGUGACGACCAGGACGACGCUGCCCGCCUAGAGGCAGAGCGCAAGCUGGAGGAGCUAAAGCGCCGCCGCGACGACGCAGAGAGUGAGGAGUUUGAGAGGAUGAGGCAGAAGCAGCAGGAGGCCGAAGCCGAGCUGGAGGAGCUGAAGAGGAAGAGGGAGGAGAGAAGGAAGGUGCUGGAGGAGGAAGAGAGGCAGAAGAAGCAGGAAGAGGCAGAGAGGAAAGCCAAAGAGGAGGAGGAGAAGAGGAAGAUGAAGGAGGAGAUCGAAAGGAGGAGAGCAGAGGCAGCCGAGAAGAGACAGAAGGUGGAGGACACUAUGGAUGGGGAGGAUAAACCCUUCAAGUGUGUCAGCCCCCGAGGCUCCUCCCUGAAGAUCGGAGAGCGGGCAGAGUUCCUCAACAAGUCGGCGCAGAAAAGCUCAGUGAAGAUGUCUCAUUCUCCUGUGGUGUCCAAGAUAGACAACAGGCUGGAGCAGUACACCUCAGCUGCUCAGCAGAGAGAGAACAAGGAGUCUCGUUCCCCUCGCUCAGGAGCGGUGGAUCUGCCCAUGGUCACCGACAGCAUACGAAACAUCAAGAGCAUGUGGGAGACAGGCAACGUGUUCACCUCACCUGGAAGUGGCGGGAGCACGUUCAAGGAAGCAGCUGUGAUGAAGACAGGCGUGGCAGGCCGCAUCAACGACUGGCUGAAUAAAACCCCGGAGAGCGGCAAAACGUCAGGAGGGAGGCCAACGGACCUGAAGCCUGUUGACGUCACCAACAAGAGGAGUCUAUGGGAAAACAAAGGCGCCUCUCCAACCAAGGUGGCAGGCAGAGGGGAGACCAAAUCAGUCGCCAAUGGGAUGGGGCACUAAUGUCUUGAAGGAGCCACUGAAGACGGGGACCACGACAAUCCAAGACUCUUCCUUUGACUUUGUCUUAAGAACCAAAUAAUGACCACACUCCCAAGAGGGACCCCAAGAAAACAGAGGGACAGGAGAGACGCUGUCCAAGCACUGUACCCAAACAAGAUCAUAUUUUUGUACGGUUGCCACGUGUAGUGCCUUUGCACAAUGAUUUUUGCUUUCUAAAAGAAACGAAAUGCUGUGAAAUUUGGACAUUUGUAAUUACUGUUACUAAUUACUUUAUACAAUCCUGCCAGGAAGAAAAAAACUAAUUAAAUUUAGAUUUAUCUGUUGUACUCCAUGCCUACAGUUUUGAUAGAGACAGAGUAGAUGAGUUAAAAGUUUCCACAUUCCAAAGAGAUGGGUGAAAUCAGUUCUCUCCCUCACACAGAUCAUUUUCCAUCUCUUUUUUUUUAAUUUAUAUUUAAAGCAAAAGCUUCACACAUUGCUAUUUUAUUCAACGUUCACCAGUUCAGGAUAGAAAUAUAAGCACUUCUAGAAUUUAGCUGAUUUCACUUUUAUUAUGUCUUACCAAUAGUGCAGCAUUGGUCUGAGUAAUAUAUGUUAGCACAUGUGAUGUUUUGAAUAUGACCUAUCAUACUGUAUCAUAUAUAACAUCUCUAUACUCCUAACAAAAGGUAUUUUUGCUUUUUUGUAUCCAGAAACUAUUCACCAAUGGGCAGUUAAUUUUGGAGGUGACAGGAGUGUUGAAUAUUCAGAAGGCCAUUAUGACUUUUAUUAUCCUUUAUGUCAUUUAAUUUAUGUGUUUUUAAUGUGUUUUUUCUUUUCUAUUUCUAGCUGUUUUUGUAGCUUUUGUAUCUGUUUGAUCACUUUAAAAUCUUCAGACAUUCCUCUUAAAAAGCAGGUGCACAAGGUGCCUUCACUGCUCAAAAGCUGUAGGUUUUAUAAUGUAGGAAAUCGGCAAACCAGCCUUUUUUGUUUUUAAAUCUACCUUUAACUUCUUUUUUGCCUCUAUGCACACUCUUAUGCUCAGCGAUCAUUUUCUAAUUGAGGGCAUACAAAGUAAAAUCAGGGUGCCUAAGUAUUUAGCAAGAUACAGUACAAGGAUAUUUACCACUAUGUAACUCUUCUGGCCUUAUGAUUGCAAUGACAACAUUUAUGACAGCUGAGGUACAGUACAUAAAAGCCUCAAAGCAACUCAGUAUGAUAUUAAGACUUGUGAUUUUCAUGUUUAUUUUUCACUAACAUGGUCUUAAGUAGCGCAUUCCCUUUCACUAGUUUUUGCGCGACACAAGCUUUGACAAGCACAUGAAUGGUUUGACAGGGCAUUAAAUUGAUCCAUGUUACUGCUCAAAAGUCUGACAAUCACAUUCCAUUGCUCCUGAAAAGAGCAGGGGGGCUUGACCAAAAUAUUUUUAAGCGUGAUUUAAUGUGACAUUUAUGUUUUUUAAUACAAUGGUUUCAUAAUGCCGUAUUGUUUUUUCUACAACCUUGUUUUUUUUAAUUCUUUUAUUUCCAUGUUUAACCAGACACUUGUUGUUUGUGUAGCGAUAAGCCUAUGCAAAAAACACUAUCUGUAGUCUCUCUAAACACUCCCAAUGUCAUACAAGUGGGCAGUUUCCAACUGGAUGGAUGUUUUAAACAUUGUACCCUUGACUCAACAACAGCAAUAAAGACAUUGAGGUAUUCCA